AAAGCGAGGCCAAAGAGGGUGGGGACGCCUGCUGCUGGGAGUUGUUUGGAAGCUGGUGGUGUGGGGCUGAAGUCCUGCAGGGAGAGCGAACAUGUCGCAUAAACAAAUUUAUUAUUCGGACAAAUACGACGACGAGGAGUUUGAAUACAGGCAUGUCAUGUUGCCCAAGGAUAUAGCCAAGCUGGUUCCUAAAACCCACUUGAUGUCUGAAUCUGAAUGGAGGAAUCUUGGUGUUCAGCAGAGUCAAGGAUGGGUCCAUUACAUGAUCCAUGAACCAGAACCUCACAUCUUGCUGUUCCGACGGCCACUACCCAAGAAGCCAAACCAAUGAAGCUGGAAAAUGGUCUUUCUGCCUCAAGCUUUAGACAGCUGUCCUUCCUGUCUGACAUCUUUCUGAUAAUACGAUUAUGUUGCCUUCUUAUUUCUCACUUUGAUAUUUAAAGGAUAUUCAAUACACUGUUUGAAUGUGCUGAUGACUGCCUUCUUAAAUAGAGCCACCGCCACCACAGCCCUGUCUUGUGAGUCUCUGUGGGCUGCAGGCUCAGUUGAGUGUGACCCUGGAAGCCACGGUGUGCUCUCUUUCCAGCAGAACACACUUGACAGGUGGAAGAAACAUCUGAGAAGCAGACCAUGGCUUUUAUGGGGAUUGUGUAAACUUGCUGUUUUGUGUUUUUCUGCUGGGUAUUAUAUGUACUGUAUGCUGAUUUAUGGAUUUGUUUCCAUUUUAUUUGAGAAAUCUGUUCCAUGUUAAAGCCUUGAUUAAAGAAGUUUUUAUAAUCUGA